AUGCCCAAGCAAAUAUCCAAGCCGCAGCCCGUCUCUCCCCGUCGAACCAUCAGCGACGACGUCGCGCUGUACCGCGCCCUGGGCCCCGAGCACACCGCAGAAGUCGAUGCGCUUUGCGCCCACAUCAAAGCGCGCCUGCGCACCGAGCCCGCUACUGAGCUCGACGUGCAAAGCGUCUGGACUCUGCAUACCCCCGAGUGGAUCAGUGCCGUGCUAUAUAACAUUGCCAAAUUUGAUCUGUUGAAUGUCCAGCCCACCGGCGGAUACAUCCACAUGUUUAUUCACACGGAGAUGCUGCAGUACCAUGGUAGGGCUGUGGCGCGCAUCAUGGACAUGUAUGAGGGGCACCAGGAAACGCUGCGUCGUGAGGCUGAUGAUACCCGGUUGUCCAAACGCUUUUUGGCGGCUUUGAAGCGUGUUGCCUGUGGGUUGUUCGGGAUCUCAAAGAGUUCAAAGUAG